AUGCUCGCCUCCACCACGGACUCGAACGAGGUGGUUGUGAAGCUGAUUGACUUUGAGUUCGCCUACCAAUAUGGUGGUGACGAGACUUAUCUAGACACCGGUUGCUACACCUCCGGCUACAUGCCGCUCGAGUGCCAACGCCUCGAUUUCGCCGGGACACGGGCCGUGGUAAAGAACACGCCACGCGGCGCAUUGGACAUGUUUGCGGCGGGGAUCAUCAUGCUCGCGCUUCUCGCAGGGGAUGACAUCGGGUCGGAAAGCCAGCGAGACACGAGAGCAAUCGUUGUUCUUCUCGAGGAGCUGAUGACCGAUACGAGCAAGUACAAGACGCACAGACAGCGCCUGGCUCGCUUUGUGGGUUUCCUCAACGAAUUGGGCUACUACGGUAGUGAAUGUGCAGCUGGGGAGUGGCAGCGAGGACCGCUGAACCAGGACAUGAACGGGGAAGCACUGGACCUGCUGCACAGGCUCACGUGCCGCUCUGUCGACGCUCGCCUCACCGCUGCCCAGGCCCUGGACCACCCCUUCCUCACCAAAUCCUGGGAGAAUUAG